GCGGCAGCGCUGCGGGCCGGGACCCCGCACAGAACCGGGAGCGUUGGUUCGGAGCUGCUCCGUGCCUCAGUUUCCCUGCCCCGAGGGAGGGCUCUGGGCCCCCGCCCCUUCGUGGGCCGGACGGGAUCAACCCCAGUUCGGGUCCUGGCCCGUUGGCAGCCCCGGUUCGGCCACUCCCGCAGCCGGCGUCCCGCGAACCGCAGGGCAGCCCCCAUCGUUCUGCCCCAGGCACCGCGCAGCCCCCGGCCAUGGAAGCCACCACGUCUCUGCUGGAUGCUGCGGCCGUCGGGGAUCUGGUGAUGCUGGACCCACUCACCGAGGAGUCCCUGCUCCGAACUCUGCAGGAGAGAUUCAGCAGAGAGGAGAUUUACACAUACAUUGGGGAGGUGGUGAUCUCAGUGAACCCCUACAAACCGCUGCCCAUCUACACCCCCGAGAAGGUGGAGGAGUAUCACAACUGCAACUUCUUUGCUGUGAAACCCCACAUUUACGCCAUUGCUGAUGAUGCUUAUUGCUCACUACGGGAUCGGGACCGGGACCAAUGCAUCCUCAUCACUGGUGAAAGCGGAGCUGGAAAGACAGAGGCCAGCAAGUUGGUGAUGUCCUACGUGGCAGCUGUGAGCAGCAAAGGGGAGGAGGUGGACAAAGUGAAGGAGCAGCUGCUUCAAUCCAACCCUGUGCUGGAGGCCUUUGGGAACGCCAAAACCAUCCGCAAUGACAACUCCUCCCGAUUUGGCAAAUACAUGGACGUGGAGUUCGACUUCAAGGGAGAUCCACUGGGAGGGGUCAUCAGUAACUAUCUGCUGGAGAAAUCCCGCAUCGUCCGCCACGUGAAGGGAGAGAGGAACUUCCACAUCUUCUACCAGCUGCUGGCGGGGGGCUCAGCGCAGCUGCUCCAACAGCUGAAGCUGCGCCCAGAUUGCAGCCAUUAUAGUUACCUGAACCAUGAGAAGUCAGUGCUGCCCGGCAUGGACGAUGCAGCCAACUUCCGUGCCAUGCAGGAUGCGAUGGCCAUCAUUGGCUUCACCCCUGCCGAAGUGACGGCGCUGCUGGAGGUGACGGCUGUGGUGCUUAAACUGGGCAACGUGAAGCUGAGCAGCUGCUUCCAGGCGAGCGGGAUGGAGGCAUCCAGCAUUGCAGAGCCACGGGAGCUGCAGGAGAUCAGCCAGCUGAUUGGGCUGGAUCCCAACACCCUGGAGCAGGCGCUGUGCUCACGCACUGUGAAGGUGCGGGAUGAGAGUGUCCUGACUGCGCUCAGCGUCUCCCAGGGUUAUUAUGGCCGCGAUGCCCUGGCCAAGAACAUCUACAGCCGCUUGUUUGACUGGCUGGUGAACCGCAUCAACACCAGCAUCCAGGUGAAGCCAGGCAUGCAGAGGAAGGUGAUGGGAGUCCUGGAUAUCUACGGCUUUGAGAUCUUUCAGGACAACGGCUUCGAGCAGUUCAUCAUCAACUACUGCAACGAGAAGCUGCAGCAGAUCUUCAUCCUGAUGACUCUGAAGGAGGAACAGGAGGAAUAUGUCCGAGAGGGCAUCCAAUGGACCCCGGUGGAGUUUUUUGACAACACCAUCAUCUGCGACCUCAUCGAGAACAGUAAGGUUGGGAUCCUGGCUAUGCUGGAUGAGGAGUGCUUGAGGCCCGGCACAGUGAAUGAGGACACCUUCAUCACCAAACUGAACCAGAUCUUCGCCUCCCACAAACGCUACGAGAGCAAAGAGACGUUGAACGCCAAACACGUCACCGACGUCAGCCUGCCGCUGCGCUGCUUCCGCAUCCACCACUAUGCUGGGAAGGUGACCUACAACGUGACGGGCUUCAUUGAGAAGAACAACGACCUGCUGUUCCGUGACCUGUCCCAGGCCAUGUGGGCAGCCCGGCACACUUUGCUGCGUUCCCUCUUCCCCGAGGGCGACCCCCAGAGACCCUCCCUCAAACUGCCCCCCACCACCGGCUCCCAGUUCAAAGCAUCCGUGGCAACUCUAAUGAAGAACCUUUACUCCAAGAACCCCAACUACAUCAGGUGCAUCAAACCCAAUGACACCAAGACAGCGAUGCGCUUCACUCCGGACCUGGUGCUGGCUCAGGUGCGUUACCUGGGGCUGAUGGAGAACGUGAGGGUACGACGUGCAGGUUACGCCUUCCGUCAGCUCUACCAGCCCUUCCUAAACCGCUACAAGAUGCUGAGCAGGAAGACCUGGCCCCAUUGGAUGGGCAGUGACAGGGAGGGCACUGAGGUGCUGCUGGCAGAGCUGAAGUUCCCCCCAGAGGAGCUGGCUUAUGGCCACACCAAAAUCUUCAUCCGAUCACCACGAACUCUCUUUGACCUGGAGAAGCGGCGGCAGCUGCGUGUGGCUGAGCUGGUCACCCUCAUCCAGAAGAUGUUCCGUGGUUGGCGCUGCAGGAAGCAUUACCAGCUGAUGCGCAAGAGCCAGAUCCUCAUCUCUGCAUGGUUCCGUGGCCACGCCCAAAGGAACAGGUACAAGCAGAUGAAGCGCUCGGUGCUGCUGCUGCAGGCGUAUGCACGGGGCUGGCAGUCCCGUCGGCUCCUUCGGGAGCUGAAGGUUCAGCGCCGCCGUCAUUUGGCCGCCAGCACCAUUUCUGCAUAUUGGAAAGGGUAUCAGACCCGCAGGAUGUACCGCCGCUAUUUCCGCUCCGAUGCCCGCACGCGUCUGUCCAACUUCAUCUACCGGCGGCUGGUGCAGAAAUACCUCAUAGGGCUGAAGAAGAACCUCCCCCCGAUGGCGGUGCUGGAUCGGACCUGGCCCCCCGCACCCUAUAAGUUCCUGUCUGAUGCCAACCAGGAGCUGAAGGGCAUCUUCUACCGCUGGAAGUGCAAGAAGUACCGGGAGCAGCUGACCCCGCAGCAGCGUGCCAUGCUGCAGGCCAAGCUGUGCGCCAGCGAGCUGUUCAAGGACAAGAAGGCGCUGUAUGCACAGAGCCUGCAGCAGCCCUUCCGUGGUGAAUACCUGGGCCUGACCCAGAACCGCAAGUACCAAAAGCUGCAGGAGGUGGCCAAGGAUAAAUUGGUGAUGGCCGAGGCAGUGCAGAAAGUGAACAGAGCCAAUGGGAAGACGGUGCCUCGGCUGCUGUUGCUGACCAAGGAGCACCUGGUUCUGGCCGACCCCAAAGCGGCGCAGCCCAAAAUGGUGCUGAGCCUCAGCGACAUCCGCGGAGCCUCCGUCAGCCGCUUCUCCGACGGGCUCCUGGCGCUGCACCUCAAGGAGACGUCCACUGCUGGGGGUAAAGGCGACCUCCUGCUGGUGAGCCCCCACCUCAUCGAGCUGGUCACCCGCCUCCAUCAGACCCUGCUGGACUCCACCGCGCAGGCGCUGCCGCUCAGCAUCGCCGACCAGUAUGAGGGGAUUUGAGGGGGGGGUCGUGGG